UAUCGCUGUUGGCUUAAAAUUGCCGAUGAUUGAUACUUUGCGAUUGUUUUCACGACUUGUGACAGUCACAGUUGAGUAGCUAUCGGUCAGCUCUUCGCUGCCCUGGCGCUGUUGCUUUGUCGCGUUGUUGUUGCUGCUGCUGCUGCUGCCUCCGUGCUGCCUGCCGACUGGACUGCGAACAGGUCGCGAAUUUUGAAAUCACCAGUCCAAUCCAACGUUGUUCAAAAACGGAAGCUACACAAGAAGAAGAAGAAAAUACAGAAAAUAAAAAACACUACACAACAACGGUUGCAACAAAUUGUUGUUGCCUUUAGUCAACCUGCACGAAUCUCUUGAUCAAGUUCGUUACAAAGAUGAGUGCUCGUGCUAGUAGUAGUAGCAACAUUGCUAACAUUGCCAACACCAACACCAAUAAUAACAACAACGGCGAGGGCACCAACUCGUUCAAGUAUUAUAUGGAAAAGUGCUAUGUGCUGCCAGUGGAACUAAAGAAUGAUAUUAUUUAUUGCCAGCGUGCAAUGCGCGACUUUCUCAAAGUACACGGGCUGGUGUCCGACGUGUUCAAGGAACAGGCAGAUGCGGACCCUGUACAGAUGCAACGCAUUUUGGAUGAACUAGAGACGGAGGUCUAUGAAAUCAAUGCAGAGCAACAAUUUCUCAUGAUGCGCCUUAACGAUGAUCUGGAUACGUUUUACAAAAAGCUGGAGGCGAAUAACGUUCUUAUCGUACCUGAGCAGGGCAACGAGUACAUUUCAAGCCAGAUAGUGCCUUUCAUUGGUGAUCCUAGCUACAAGAUUACUCCGCAGUCCGUACUGACGCGCGACAAUGAGGAGAUGCUUAUACGCAAGCACUUUCUUAUCUCACAGGAUGAGGAGGCGGGCGUCGAGCCGCUCAAGCUUAGCGAGCUGGAUGAUAAUAUGCCAUUAAUGCUGGUCAAUCCUGCUGCCGCGGCUGCAGCAGCUGCUGUUCUCGCCGCUGCUGCAGCUACAGCUGCUCCUGCCCUUGAACUUAACGAAGUCAAACUGCUGCAGCAGCUCAGCGAGCAGCCAGAAAGUCUGCUGAGACCAUCGCUGCUGUCCAUGGAGCCACAACGCUCUUUGCUCAUACCACGUGAGCCACUGCCACCAUUAGUUGCUGUUAAGAAGCGUGCUAAUUGCCUAGAACUCAAACCCUCAGGUAAGCCACAUGCCUUGCCAAACCGCAGCGGCAGAUCACCGCCGCCAUUGGCGCCCAUAACUAACAGCACGCCUACCUCAGACUUUGAGGUUACUCAGAGCCGCAUGAAUCUGCGUCAGGCGCUCCGACGCGCGCGUAAAACAAAACAGCAGCCACGUCAGUUCGAUGAUGAGGAUGUUCUAGAGCUGCCCACCGAGAAGCAAAUCGAGCUGCCGCCAAGCAUCAAAAACAAACCCAUGAAACCGAUGGAUGCGCCAGUUCUGCCUAAGAAAUCAGCAUCCAACAAGCAGUACAAGACUCGUAAUACGCAAGGCGCUGCCCGCAAGACCACAACAACACCGCCGCCGCCGCCGCCACCGCCAGCGCCGGCGACACCACUGGUAGUGUCAGAACCGGCUCGCAUCUCAUUGGGUUCGUCGGGCUCCUCGGAUGAUUUGCACCAGGAGUUGGAAAUGGAAAAAGAGCUAGAGCUGGAGCAUCAGCGUUUGAGCGCCUCAGCCGCACAGUGGCGCGAUGAGCCACGCGAGACACGUGUUCUACCCGCAGAAUACGGCCGCGAGCAUUUUCUCGGUCUAUUUGGACUCUAUACACAUGAAGUGGUGAAAAAACUUUGCCAACGUCAUUCUAAGCGCAAGCGACGCCCCGUACAAAAUGCCAACGGCACGGACUUUCAUUAUGGCCAGCAGCUGGCUGCCAUUGAUGCAGUGCGACAGAAGAGACUCAAGGAUAAGCCGGAGUUUCUGCUGUCGCCCAAGGAGAAACGUCUGCAGGCAAAGAAGGCCCACAAGGCUAAUGCAGCGGCAGUUGCUGCAGCUGCGGCCGCUUCGAGUCGUAAGAGCAAGAGUAAUACUCCGGAGAAGCUCGAGGAGGCACUAAGCAAUAUACAGCUCGACUCGGGCAAGCAGCGCUGCAAAGAGUGCAAAAAGUUUGCAGAUAAUUUAUUGAGCUGUCAAAGAUGUCAGGGAGUGUAUCAUUUGGAGUGCCAUGGUACGAAAGCUCAAUAUCAGUACCAGCAGUCGCAGUUAACCAAUCGCUGUCCACAGUGUGUUUACGAUUGGUCAACGCCGAGCAAGCUAUCCAAGUCUGUUUCUUAAUACAUAGUACUAGUUAACACAUUGUUUAUUAUUUACAAAUAUUUUUUUUCCUAACCCAAGAGUUGUUGAUUGCAUAUUUGAUUAUUGUUUAUAUAAUGCUUUACAAAUGUACAUGCAAUUUAUGUAUUGUAUGUGUGCAUAUACGCUCAGCUUGGGGCGUGAAUCAUAAACAUACAAGAAGUGUGCUAAAACCUGAUAAGAUUGGUUCAAAAAUUAUAUAUCUAUAAUAUAUAAUAACA